UACUUGCACACGCCCCGCAUAUUCUUUCCUUCACAUCUGGGAUCGGGAGCGGGAAAUGGAGCUAUUGGAAAGGCCUUGCAUAAGCUCCGCGGUUGUUAUUCGGCUGGUAUCCCUUGAUAUAGGUGUCUUCGCUCUCAGCAAUUUCUCCUCGAUUCAAGAGUUGGAGACCAGCUGCUGCUGCAGAAGUAUCGGCUUUUGAAACUGGCGAAACAUCAACCACAAUGGCGAAAUCCGGGGCACAGACGAGCGUCUACAACAAGCUCGUUAUUGCGUUUGUCGCCUUAGGGUCGUUGACCUAUGGGUAUGCGUCAUCCAUUAUCAGCAGCACGAUUGGAGAGGCCGGCUGGUACACAUACUUCAACCUGCCUGCCGAGGGUGAACCUGGCUAUGCUAGCGUCACCACGCCUGUCAUUUCGACUGCCAAUGGCGUCUUCAGUGCCGGCGGUGCAGUCACUGCGCUAUUCACGAUGUGGUUUUGCGAUGCUUUUGGUCGAGUCGGGAGCAUCCAGCUGGGCUGCCUUUUCGGCAUGCUAGGAGGCGCCCUGCAGGGAGGUGCAAAGAACAUCGAGAUGUUCCAAGCUGGACGAUUCAUCAUGGGAAUGUGCGUCGGAGUCAUGGUUACAACCACCCCAAUGUACCUCUCCGAGAUGGCCAGCCCGAGCUCACGCGGUUGGAUCGUCGGCCACCACGCUAUUUUCCUCGUUUUCGGGUACAUGCUCGCGGGCUGGAUUGGCUUCGCCAUGUACUUUGCGCCAAAGGAGUUCGGAUGGCGCUUUCCGCUGUGUUUCCAAUGCCUUCCGCCUCUCAUCCUCUUUGCCGGCUCUUUCUGGGUCCCGCGUUCUCCGAGAUGGCUUGUCUCCAAGGGCCGAAUGGAAGAGGCGUGGACAGUUCUUCAGCGGCUGAGACGUUCACCAGACGACCCUAAUGAUUUGGUUGCGAAGGAAGAGCUGUUCCAAAUCAAGGAACAGUUGAAGCUUGACCAAGAGAAAUUAGUGGCAUACGGAGGUAGCCCAUGGAAAGCAGUCAUCAAGAAGAGAAGCUACCGCAAGCGGAUGAUCAUUGGAUUCCUGACACAAUGGGGCGCUGAAUUUGGUGGUCCCCUCAUCAUCAACAACUAUGCCGUUCUUCUCUACAACAACCUCGGCCAGACGGGCUACAUGCCUCUGCUGCUCUCGGCUGUUUGGCUCACCACUGCCGGUCUGAUCUACAACCCCGGAGGCGCGUGGCUCCACGACAAGGUCAACUCGCGUCGCGGCAUGUUCAUCACUGGCUUCUGCGGGAUCGUGGUGACCACUUCUGUAUUGGCUGCCAUGACAGCCCAGUAUGCAGGCACCAGCAACACAGCUGGUAAUGCCGUCGGUGUACUCUUCAUGUUCUUGUACCUUGCCAUGCAAGGAACCUGCUGCGACACGACGAUGUACUUGUACAUCUCGGAGAUUUUCCCCACGGAGAUUCGUGCAAUUGGAAUGGGAUGGUCGCUUUUUGGGCAGUUUGCCGCCACGCUUGUGCUUUUGCAGACGGCUCCGACUGGGUUUGCCGAAGUGGGCUGGAAGUACUACCUUGUUAUCAUCUGCUGGAGCGUCUUCUUCAUCCCGGUCAUCUACUUCUUCUGGCCCGAAACGGCGCAGCUUUCGCUCGAAGAGAUUGGGAAGAACUUUGGCGACGAGGUCGCCGUGCACGUCAACGAUGCGAGUGAAGAGGAGAGACACCGCCUUGACCAGGUUCUUGAGAAGACAGAUGUGCUCAAGAACGGGAGCGUCGUCAGCAACAGUGGAGGUACCAGCCCGGCAAGCGUUGAGCAGAAUGGCGAACGAAAGGUCUGAGGGAAUCGAGAGGCUUCUGCUUAUUUCUUUGAACGUUCAUUUUCUAUUGCCAAUUCCGUAAGUACUUUUUAACCAUUGCCAAAAUACUUCAUAUUAGACAUUGUAGUUGUAAUUCUUCAAUCGAGGAUUGCUUUUCCUUCGACCCGA